AUGGAUCAGCUCGACAAAGUUGAGGAUGCAUUGGGAGAUAUCUCAAAUGCACCAAAAUAUCCAUCAUCCAGCGAAAAACAGACUGGACAGCCUGCUGAAGCGGUUCGGAAACAAGGGUGGACCGAUCCUGUUCCGUUUACCUACGACUCCUACAACAGCAAGGAGUUUACAGACUGGGCUGGUGUGGCGGCCCGAUAUGAAUGGAAGGAUGAGUACGGUGAUGUUGGUCCUCGAAAUGAAGAACUGGAGAAGCAGCUGUUCCAGGAUGACUUUAUUCCACGGGCUGGAAGCCGAUUCAACGAACUCAAGAUAUCUGGGCGAGAAGAGCCAUAUGAUGUUAAGAUCGAGAGUGAAUUCAAACUAAAGCCAAUUGCUCAGUUUGAAGAUGCAGGUAUCCACCCGGUUCUCUUAGAGAAUCUGCAUCUAUGUCUGUAUGGAUGGCCAACAGCCAUUCAGUGCUACACAAUCCCGGCGAUUCAAGAGGACAGAGACGUCAUUGGAAUUGCCCAAACUGGUUCCGGAAAGACCGGUGCUUUUCUCAUUCCCAUCCUGUCGAAGCUUAUGGGUAAGGCCAAAAAAUUGGCAGCCGCGCGUCCUAACAUCGCUCAACAGUGGAAUCCUGCUGAACAUGCAGUACGGGCAGAGCCUCUGGUUCUCAUUGUUUGCCCUACUCGAGAAUUAGCUAACCAAAUCUUUGACGAUGCACGGAGGUUAUGUUAUCGUUCCAUGCUUCGUCCUUGUGUCGUCUAUGGAGGUGCCCCAGCCCAUUUCCAGCGAGAGGAAUUGCAAAAAGGAUGCGACAUUCUCAUAGGGACCCCAGGCCGCGUCCUGGAUUUCAUGCGACAGCCUAAUGUUUUGUCUCUUCGUCGGGUUCGCUAUACUGUCAUCGACGAAGCGGAUGAGCUCCUACAGUCUGACUGGGAAGAUGAUUUCAAAAGGCUCAUGUCUGGAGGGGAUGUCAAUGAAGAUUCAGAUCAUCGGUACUUGAUGUUCUCCGCAUCGUUCAACAAGGAAUGUCGAAAGCUUGCUCGAAAUUACCUGGGGCGCGAUCAUAUUCGAAUUCGCAUCUCACGUCCCGGAAGUGUGGUCAGACAUAUUCAGCAAGUGGUUCAUUUUGUGGAUGAACGAAAGAAGAAGCAAGCUCUCUACGAUUUACUGCUGAGCCUGGUCCCAACACGCACCUUGAUAUUUGUCAACAGCAAGCGCGAAGUUGACUAUGUCGAUGACUUUCUAUUUAACCAAGGGCUUCCUACUACUUCUAUGCAUGGAGAUAGAACCCAGAGAGAGCGGGAGGAUGCCAUUCGAUCAUUCCGGACAGCAAGAUGUCCGAUCAUGAUUACCACUGGCGUCUCUGCACGUGGUCUCGACAUUAUCAACGUGAUGCAUGUGGUUAAUUACGAUCUCCCUCGUGCUUCCCAGGGUGGGAUUACCGAAUAUAUGCACCGUAUUGGCCGCACAGCGCGGAUUGGGAACGAAGGGCUUGCAACAUCCUUUUACAACGAGCGCGAUGAUGACCUUGCCUCAGACUUAGUGAAGAUCCUCAUGGAGAGUAAUCAGAAUGUUCCUGACUUCCUCCAAGGCUUUGCGCCCUCUGAGGCUCAACUUACCUUCGAAGAUGACACGACAGACAGCGAAGCUGAGCGACAGAAGAAGAAAGAAUCUCCAGGAUUCAACUGGGGCGAGGGGGACUCAGAUGAGUCUGAGAAUGAGGAAACAAAAGGCAAUCUCGGUGCCAAGCCGAAAGUUUCUGCUGACGAAUCCUGGAAGAACGACGUCGAGUGGUAG